AUGCCCGGAGGUGCCAGUGCUAGCAAUCGUAGUGUUAUUGGGGGUUUCGCGGGAGCUGGUUCGACCCCGUCUGGGACGAUGGGAGGUCGAUCGACGAAACGGAUACGGAACGAGUUCGGCGAAAACGUGAAUGCCAUUUUGACCGAUUUGGAUGAGGAGACGGAAAGUGACAACGGGCCACCAUUCCAAAGUUCGGCAUUCUGCAACUACUGGGAAGAAAAAGCAGUAAUGAUUCACAAAUCAAUUCCGUUAUGCCCACAAUCAAAUGGUUGUGUAGAACGUCAGAACCAAGGCAUAAUCAAAGCCUUGGCUGCUUCGAAAAUCGACGGGUCAAACUGGAGAGUCGCCCUUCAUAAGUACGUGCACAACCAUAACACGUUGAUCCCCCACGCAAGACUGAAUGUUACCCCGUUUGAAUUACUAGUUGGUUGGAAAUUCCGCGGAACCUUUCCUUCGCUUUGGCAUACGGAUAAUGUUAAGUCUUUGAACAGAGAAGAAGUAAAAGAUCGUGACACGGAAGCCAAAUUUACCAGUAAAUCAUACGCUGACACUCGAAGAGGAGCUAAAGAUUCUAAUCUGCAAGUUGGAGAUAAAGUUCUUCUAGCUCAACAAAAGAAAACCAAAACGGAUCCGAACUUCUCGUCCGAAUAUUACCACAUCGUGGCAAAAAACGGCGGAAAAGCAGUUGUUAUGAGCAAAAAUGGAGUUCAGUAUACCAGAAAACUUGAUGACUUAAAGAAGGCAAACUUGUUGGAUAACACAGAUCAAAUCCCUAAUCCGGAAACUGUUAAAGAUGAGACCGAGUUAAAUGCUAGUACCGACACAGAGCAACAAUCCACUUCGAGAGAACUCAGAAGUCGUAGAGAAUUAAAAAAACCUAGCCGUUUCAACGAUGAAUACGUGUAUACAGUGUUCUAUUGA